AUGUUGAUAGUUAUCCUUUUUUCUCUGUUACAAUAUGCAGGAUACGGACCAGGUGGAAAGCCACCAAAAUAUGGUCAGCCUGGUGCUGGAACUGGGACUGUGUUAGGUGGAGCAGGGUUAGUGCCUGGUGUUGUUGGAUCUGGAACCACAACCACAGGAAUAGGGACUGGAACUGCAACUGGUGCAGCCACUAUUGGUGGGGCAGGAGGGGUACCAGUCAGUGGAAGCAAGACAGACAAAUAUGGAGUUCCAGGCUUCACAGGAGGAGCAAUAGGAGGAACGGGAGUUCCAGACAGUAUACCAACAGCAUCCACAAAUCAGAGAACCCAAACAGGAGAUGACAGAGUUUCCCCCCUACGUCCUGGUGGAUCAGCUGAUAGGACUGGUAAUGACACUACACAAGUACCAGGUGCUACUAAGGCCCCUAGGUUGGGGGAACAAGGUGGAGUUAUAGAGGGAUCUGGCAGUUCUAUUGGUGGUGGUCCAGGUGAAGGAGUUACCGGUGGUUCUAUUGAUGGGGAUGGACUUGAUGGAGUUACUGGGACAGGAAUACCCAUCCUAGCUGGUGGUAAACCAGAUGGUGUUGGUCAAGGUCAGCCAUCAGGUGGUGGAGUAAGAGAUGGUCUACCAGGAGCCAAACCUCUGAAACCUCCAGGUGGUGUCAUACCUGGACGUGGUGAUACUCCAGGUGGAACUGGCGAAGAGCCGAGUGGAACUAGCACUGGACUGGGUGGAGUUGAAGGUGGACCAGGUGGAGUUGGAGGGGGGCCCGGCUUAAUUGGAGGAGGUCCAGGCGGAGUUGGAGGAGGUCCAGGCGGAGUUGGAGGGGGACCAGGUGGAGUUGGAGGAGGUCCAGGUGGAGUUGGAGGGGGACCAGGCGGAGUUGGAGGAGGUCCAGGUGGAGUUGGUACCAGCCCUAUAGGUGGUACAAUUAAACCCCCAAAAGGAUACCCCAGUACAGGUGGAGGACUUCUUGGUGGCAUUGGAGGUCCAGGUGGAGUAGGGCCUGGAGUGACAACAGGAACUGGCUUUUUGCCUGGAACUAGCAGUCUACUGCCAGGAGGUUAUGGUACGGUUGGAGGUUUAGGUACCAGCAGCCUUUUUCCAGUAAAUGGUCAAAGGUUCCCAAGUGGAGCUGCUGUGGGUAGCAAAGGUCCUGGAUAUGGCCCUGGAACGGGAAAGCCAGCCAAAAGCUACUGGGGAACUGGAGCACUGGGUGGAGUGGGAGGCCCAGGGGGACUUGGAGGAGUUCCUGGAGGUGUUGGCACUGGUUUAGGUGGAGUUGGUGGAGGUCAAGGAAGCAUUGGUGGAGGACCUGGUGCAGUUGGAGGUGGUCUGGGUGGUCAAGGAGGAGGUUUGGGCUACCCAGGCGGAGCAGGACUAAGAGCUGGGAAACCUGGGAAAUCAGGAUUUGGCAGUUUGGGUGGAGCAGGAGGCCUAGGACUUGGAGGUACAGGUGGGACUUUAGGAGGAGGUCCCGGUGGUGUAGGUGGAGGGCUAGGAGGCAUAGGAGGAGGACCUGGUGGGCCAGGUGGAGCUGGAGGCGGUUACGUCUACCCAGGCGGUGCUGGACUGGGAGCUGGAGUUGGGAAGCCUGGUAAAUCAGGGUAUGGCACAGGUGCCUUGGGGGGUCAAGGUUACCAGCCAGGUAGUGGAGUGCCAGGAUACGGUGGUGGUGGUGCGGGCGUCUACCAGCAGCCACUCCCAGGCUAUGGAGGAGUUGGACCAGGAGGAGCUGGAAGUGCACCACUUACACCUCAACAAUCUAAAGCAGCCAAAUAUGCAGCUCUCCAGGGUGCUCUAGGUGCUAGAGGCUACAGAGGAGGUGCUGGGUGCCAAGGCAAAUACUGUGGGAGGAGGAGGAAAUGAGAGCCCUGCAAUGAGAAGUGACCUCAUGAAGUGGUGCUACUGCAUAAUCUCGAAUGUACUUUUUCGUUUUCUAGUGGGAGAAAAGUAAAAGUAUUCCCGCUCAAAGUGCACCUUGUAACACGAGACAGACGUUCAGUGCUCAAAUCCCUUUUUUUUUUUUUCUUAACACAUAACUUUGAUUCAAGGAUGUAUGCAGUGUGCACUUACUCAUGCAUGUGUGGCACAAUGUAAACCCCAAGUCCAAUUUACACACACCAGUUAAUACUUAAAGGACAGGCUUUAUCACAGCACCCAAGGGUUCACCAUGUUCACCAUGUCACUACUUUCACUGUAAUCUCACCUAAAUUAUCUAAAAGUGUUACCAACCAACAGAAAACCACCAGGAUCUCUGAUGUGUUUAACUCCGUGGCUACACUUCAGCCAAUCUCAGUCCUUCAGCCUUCACUUUCACUUCCAUAACUGCAUAUUUAGUCAUGCUGUAUGGGGAAACGUUGCUGCUAUGUACUGUAAUAGACAAACUGUGAUAGCAAUAUCAAGUUGUCAUUAAGCUAAGUGGUUCAGGCCACCUCAUCACAUAGGCUAUUUAACACUUGCUUUUCUCUCGUUUGAUGGUGCCAUUUUUCAUUUUCUUUUGUAUUAAGGGGAGCUUAAACCGACCUCCUCAUGAGUGCACGAUGCUGUUCUUAAACACAGAUGUGCUCAGCGUCAUUGUGUUUGCCAUGUGUAUUAACAUUUCAAUGAACAAACAGUACAUUCUGCUGUAGGAAGUAUAUUAUCAAAGUACUGAGGAAUACAAGUUCAUGGCACCUCAGGAUUUUAAGCUAGCUCUCAUGUAGUUUUUGAUAUAGUGAGAUCUGAAUUUUCUUUCUUUCACUUACCUUCCAUUAAAUUAAAUCCAUUUUGGAUUUAGUGUUCCUUAUGCAUUUAACCUUAGCGAUGUGCGAUUUUCUUACUGUGUGAUUUCUCACUGUAUGUGUUUGGGUUUUUUUGUUGUUGUUGUUGUUGUUUGCUUGUUUGUUUGUUUUUGUUUUUAUUUUUUGAUUUUUUACAUUUGUGAAUCAUGUAUCAGUAUUUGGAAAAGAAACCUGCGAUAAUGGGAAUGACGGUUCAAUCAUCGAAUCUUAUUCAUUACCAGCAGGUUUGCAAUGUUUACUUUUUGAUUUUUUUUUUUACAAUCUUUGAAAAUCAUAUAAAACUCUUUUCAUGUGAUGCAUUUUAUAUAUAUUUUUGCCUUUAACUAAAUAGCAAAAUAAAGGAUAUUAAGGAUAGGAAAUUUAAUUGCCGGAAAUCGUUCCACGGUGUGACUUUGGGCUUUGUUUGUUAAGAGUUCAUCAAUAGCGAUAGCAUUUUUUCAGAAAAGUAAUGCAAACUAUCUUAAUGCGACCCAAAAUGUUCUUUUGAAUACCUUUUUAUAUAUAUUUAUAUAUCGUAUCGCACAUUACUUGAUGUAGUGGUGGUCAUUAAACAACACAAACAGGUAGAGAAACAUCAAGAAGAAAAGAUUGUGCAGAUUUAAAACAGGCUUCUAUUUCAUCUCACAUUAAGACCAGCCUGUCAAAGUGUUCAGUACUAACUCAUAUAGUGGUAAUAUAUAGGACAAAAAAAACCCCAAAAAUUUUCAGCUUGACCAACAUGCUCAAUUAAACUGAUUUCCCCAAAAGAUUCACACAAGUUGCAGGUGUUGUUCACAAAAUUCUGAAAAUACCAGCUUGAUGUCAUUUUGAUCAUGGAUGAUUAGAUGUUU